CCGCAGAAGCUGUUAAAGCUUUUGAAACUGUUAAACAAUUGUUAAAUGACGAGACGCUUUUAGUCAGACGCCAAAAUGACGCCCCCUGUCUCUCAUGACAGACGCUUCAGACGUUGCCAUCGGGGCAGUUUUACAACAGCAGGUACACGGCGAAUGGCAACCCCUAGCAUUCUUUUCGAAACGACUGAAUCCUACCCAAUGUCGCUAUAGCACUUUUGGUAGAGAGUUAUUGGCUGUUUAUUUAGCAAUCAAGCACUUCCGACAUAUGCUGGAAGGUACAGCUUUUACUGUCUUUACAGACCACAAAGCUCUAACGAAAGCCUUAUCAGCAAAACAGGAUAACUACUCUCCGCGUGAACUACGACAUCUCGAGUUUAUAUCUCAGUUCACUUCUGAUCUGCGACAUGUGAAGGGUAAACACAAUGAAGUGGCAGACGCUUUAUCACGUGUGCACAUUGACAACAUUGUAUGCCCAGACAUCGACUACGAACGUCUCUCAAACCUACAACGAGAUGAUGCCGAACUAAAAAAGAUUAUGUCUUCUAAAACAACAUCUUUAAAGCUAGACGCAAUUCCUUUUGGCACGACAAAAAUAAUCUGCGACACCUCUACGGGUAAAUAUCGACCCUUCGUUCCAGCAGCUAUGAGACAUACAGUAUUCGAGAAGUUACAUAACUUGUCUCAUCCAGGUGUCAGUGCUACUAUCAAACUAAUAAAAGAAAGAUUUAUAUGGCCGAACAUUAAUAGCGAUGUUAAGAAGUGGACACGAACUUGCUUGUCUUGUCAAAGAGUCAAAAUCAACCGUCACACUAAUGCACCACUUGGUCGCUUUCCUAACCCUGACUCUAGAUUUGAACAUAUACAUGUAGACAUAGUUGGUCCACUACCUCCUUCCAAUGGUUUCAACUACAUUCUAACUUGCGUCGAUAGAUUCACUCGUUGGCCUGUAGCAGUUCCAAUAGCCGACGUCUCAGCUGAAACGGUAGCUAAAGCUUUGGUAGAAAACUGGAUAGCUAAUUUUGGUGUCCCAUCCAUUAUCACUACGGACAGAGGUGCUCAGUUUGAAAGCCGACUUUUUCAACAGCUAACUGAAUUACUGGGCAUCAAACGAAUACGAACAACCGCCUACCAUCCUAGUUCCAACGGCAUGGUUGAACGCCUUCAUCGACAACUCAAAGCUGCGCUCGCUGCUUCUUUGACUCAAAACGACUGGUCAACCAAACUCCCACUGGUACUGCUUGGUAUACGAUCUGCUCUAAAGAAAGAUAUUGGCUGCUGUGUUUCCGAACUAGUCUAUGGAACAACAUUACGGCUACCAGGAGAAUUUUUCACCCCAGGUAACCAAGUUCCACAAGAUAUGACUGGUUAUGUGCAGCAGCUAAAACAACACAUGAACGAGCUCAAGAUAUCACUUCCACGCCAGCAGGAACGAACGUCAUACAUCCCACCACAACUGACAGAUUGCACUCACGUCUUCGUCAGGAGAGAGGGUGUACAACGACCACUUCAACCCGCUUAUGAUGGCCCAUUCAAAGUUCUAAAUAGAAACGAUAAAGUUAUCACGAUAGAACGACUGAAUAAAGCAGAAGCCAUCAGUGUCGACAGAGUCAAACCAGCGUUCAUCGACGAUUUCGAAGACAACGAUGAAGAUCAGCUGAACGACGUGCCAACAUCUACAUCCACGCAAGCUUCAACGUCGCCAGAGAAACCUAUGAAAACUACACGCUCUGGUAGGAGAGUUCAUUGGCCUAAACGUUAUGUGCAAAUCAUCAAAAUAUAACUUAUUACGAAUUUUCAUUUUUAUUAUCUUUAUUCGUAAUUGUCAUUUGACUACACAUUUAACUGAUUAAUAUCUUCAUACGUCGAUCACGUCACUACUAUGUUAACAUUGAUAUUUCCUGUAUUAUUACAUUUAAUCAUAUAGCGCUUAAUAUUCACGUAUCGUUUCCGUAUACAGACUACAGAUCCCCGGCCGAUUGUAUCAUUCCUUAUAUAUUCUACCACGAUCAUCAAUCCUAUUUUUUCUUUUAUUAUCGCAUUUAUUAUCGGCCUUAUUGACCGCAUUAAAUUGCUCAUUUUUUCAGCUUAAUAAAUCGCUUUCUGUGUACUGUAGCUGUUACGUAUUACGCUGAUGCAUGUUAUUGUCGAACACUUAAAUGUAUUUUUUUUAUAUUUCAGUGUUCUGGUGGGGGAAUUAUGUAGUACCCCUGUACCAACUAUAAACAUACGUUUUUAAUCUAAUUUGCAUACUCAUAUUAUAUGUUUACACAUACCGAUUUUAUAUGUACUUCGUAAACAUUUGCCAAUUUACUGUUGAACGUUACCUUGAUACUUUUUCGAAAUUUGACUACGGCUAUAAUACACGAUUACACUCUUCACAAGUGCCUUCUGAUUUUACGUUGUGGGCGUCGAGUAGCCACAACGUCUGCGCACAUUGAUAAACGUGAAGAAGUACUAGGAAAUACGUGUACGCUCAUUUAGUCAAAUAGAACACGCAACAAAUUGGUGAGCCCCGACGA